UUGAGAUCCAGACGUGCACACACGACAAAUCACUUUUCAUGUUUGCGGGAACGAGCACGGCCUGUAAUGGGAAGGUACUGUCAUUGGUCUUAAAUAUGAUCUGUAAAUAAACACAACACUGAGUUAUGGAGUUGUUCUCACCUCUCUUCGUGGUGCUGGCUCUGCUGCAGUGCUGUCACGGAAGCAUCUUGAGGGUGGUCCCUACUGACCUCUGGCUCUCAGCUGCAACAUCAACACUCAGGCCUUUGGAGCACCAUGGACCAGAUCAACACGAGGCCCUCUUUGAUGAAACAUUGAAAAAGAAUGAGGAUGAAAAUGUGGUUGUAACUGAGGUAGUUUCUCUGACCACUACACUCACCAUCAGUCUACCAGAUCUGUCAAAGCAAAGUCACCCAGUCCAAGACAAUGAAAUGACACCAAAUUCUCAGACAACAGUGGGUGACCUAUUAGGAAAGCGUCCACCCCUUUUGGUCAAUGAUGAGUUUGUGACAGGGAAGGACGAUUCUGAGCCAAUUCCUGACCCACAAACCAACAAGUCACCAUACCCUAGUUUGUCUGAAGACUCAAAAAAGGGCAAGAAUUCUGUGGUCCGCUACAGUAUAUUUGGCCAGAUGACAAAUCAAGGCCUCACUGGACCAAGUCGCCCCUGUGUGUUGGGGCUAAGCCCAUGUGUGGUCUCCACCAACCCCAAUGGCACCAACUUGCUCUGGGAUGACCUGAGUCGCACACUGGCCUUUGCCUGGGAACUCCAUGUCUUUGGAUCUGCUGGUCUCUUCCUGCUACUGGCUAGUGGGGCACUUUUAGGAAUGAUGGGUGCAUCCACUCUGCUUUACCCCCUCUGUGGUGCCCUGGGUCUGGUCAAUGGCCUUCUGCUGCUGUCAAGUCUUCUGCAGGCUGUGCACCUUCUCGUUGACCCGUAUGGCACACGGCAGAUUUUUCCUCGGCCUGUUCUUACAACACUCCACAACCUGCCCCUGCCUCUGCUGCUUUGGGCGCAGGUGGCCCUGGCUCUGGUCACCCUCAGAGGGGGGAAAUUGAUUUUGCUUCCCCUCAAACUGCAGCACCCUUGUUACGUCGGAUGUCUGGCUGUGUUGCACUGCGUUUUGUUGCUGUCGGCGGAUCUUUUCUCCUGGAGUUUGGCUCCGGCUCUCCCUCUUGUGCUCCAGAGCCUCUCUCUCUGCUGGGGCCUGCCGCUCUCUCUGGGGAUCCUCACACAAUCCCUCUCUCAUCUGGGUUCCUUGGUCAGGUCCCCCAUCCCUCAGUGGGAUCCUCCCCAAAGGAUUGAGGAAAGUGCCAGGCGGGUCACUGCUGUGUGUGCCCUCCUAGGGUUACUGUGCUGCGGCUUCCACAUCUACAGCCUGCUCUGGCUCUACGAACUACUGGGGAACUGGAGACGCUUUGGCUGGGGCUGGUGGCUGGGACAGUUCUGGGCCCGGGUGCUGGAGCUCGCCUGGGGCUUCUCUUUGCUAGCGCUGGGUUCCUGGAUCUUCUGGAGGCCAGGGAGGACCAGGACAAGGAGCGACCUCAGACAGGAAAGGCUGAAUGGUGUGAAGGGGGCAUCUUUUUUUGACAGCGUGCUGAAAGACCUGCGAACAGAGCCAUUCAGGAAGUCUGAGAAAAGGUGGGUGGAUCUUCUGCCGAACAACUGGGCAGGGUAUCAGGGAUCAAGAGGACACGUCGCUGUGGGCCGCGUUUAUGAUGACCAACCAACCAGUGUGAGUGAAAUGACCCCCGAACACAAGAGUGGCCCUGCCUCCAGCACCAGUUGUGACUCACAGGCCGCCCUCCUGUGGCAAAGAGUGGGCGACCGUGAGUGCAUUAUCUCCCUCAUAGAGUUCGACAUGCGUCCUCUGUCUCCCAUCAACCUCAGCCGCAGCAUCGACAGCGCUCUUCAUCACGGACACCUGCUGGGCGUGGGCAGUCUCUUCACACCUCCACCGCCUCCUUGGACUCAUAACAUGGAGGGGGACAGUGGGAGUGUGAGCACACCUACCACUCCUGCAAAUGUGGGUUACAGAUGGGCACUAGAGACUGCCUCUGAAACGACAACUCUUGACCAUUUCAAUGCUAGAGAGGAGACAGCAGAACCUCCGGAGGGUGCAGGUGAGGACCAGAAGCUAUCACCCUGCCCUGACUUGGAGCCCCCGGGAGAGGACGAACCCAGGUCCAACAUGUCAGGGGUCUGGGCCGUCUCUCAGGAGAAUGGCUGGUCUAGUAUGGGAAGUACUGAUGACAUCACAGACCUUUAAGCUGUGGAAGCUUUGAACAAAGCCAUAUCUCUUUUCACAGUCAGCAGUCAUGGCUUGACUCCAGAGUUGACCCAGGAAAUGUACCACUGCUCAACAAUUAUUGAUUGCAUUGGAAUGAAGUCAUGCAUUUGUUCUUUUAAAAUCCGUAUGGUAGCCAACUAUUAGAAAAACUUGAGAAAUUGCUUUGGUUUGUAAGUUUUCCUAAAC